AUGCACUCCCUCAAUCUUUUCUCUCUGGCUCACGCUUUCAUUGCCGCUCCUUUGAUCAUUCCUCGUGGCGCCCAUGAAUCCGAAAGAAAGUGCAUUGCCGUCAUGAAGGCCAAUGUGGCUUCUAAAGCCAUCCCUAGCAGAGUUGCCAGAGUUCCCUCGGAUGCUGAAUACACCUACUACAAUCUUUUCAAUAGCUUCUCAGCCAGCCUUACCAAACCGGAGCUGAAAGAUCUACUCAACGACCCCAACGUCGAUUUCAUCGAAAAAGUCUCCACCAUGCACGCAGAUCAUACAACUUACACCUAUGACGAAAGUGCCGGCGAAGGCACAUGCACUUAUGUUCUCGACACAGGCAUUGAAGUCGACCACCCUAACUUUGUUGAUAAUGCUGACUUGGAUGCAAAUGGUCAUGGGACUCAUAUUGCGGGCACCUUCGGGUCUAAAACGUACGGUGUCGCAAAGAAGACGCAGCUCUUCGCUGUCAAGGUCCUAAAUGAGUAUACAGCGGGUCAAUCAUCGGGAAUUCUCGCUGGCAUGGAUUUCAUCGUUGAAGAUGCUGCUACUCGAAAGUGUCCCAAGGGUAUUGUGGUCAACAUGUCUUUUAGUGUUGCUCCUUCACCAGCAAUAAACGCAGCUGCUAGAUAUAUCGUCAAAUCGGGUUAUUUUCUCGCUGUAGCGGCUGGCAACGAUGACACAGACGCAUCUCAAGUUUCGCCAAGCAAUGAGCCCAUGGCCUGUACUGUUGGAGCAACCGCCGAGAACGACACAAGAGCCUCAUUCUCCAACUAUGGUGUUUUGGUAGACAUUUUCGCCCCUGGCAUUGUUAUCAAGAGUACCUGGAUCAGAGGAGGUGUCAAACUCGAGUCAGGCACAUCAAUGGCAACACCACACGUCACUGGCCUCGCGGCUUAUCUUUUAGGCCUCAAGAAUAUCAAGGCGUCAGAAUUAUGCAACCUUAUUGCAACCAUGUCUCUGGAGGACGUCAUCAAGGGUAUUCCUGAAAACACGGUCAACCUGUUAAUCCAGAACAGCGAAGCGAAGUAA